GGAGCAGGGCUCACGCAGGGCUGACCAGGGACUGGUGCCCUCGUGGCUCUGGGCCUGUGCUGCAAACUCCCCACACUCUUCUCUCUCCCACAGAGAGAGGACCAGCACCUGGAGGAGACGGUGGCGUUUCAGGACAGGGACUCACCACUGACAGCUGCCAUGUCUCACAGCAAGCAGGAGGGCCCUGGUGACAGGGAGCCAGCCUGCAUGCUGUGUCGCCGUGCAGAGGCUGACCGGGACAUCUGCGGUGACAAACUGGAGGACUGCGGGGUCUGUGCCCAUGAGUUCUGCCUGUUCUUUGCCACUCUACUUUUUCGUCAAGACGACGAUUUUCUUGGAUUCGUGGGAUUUUUUCCUAGAGAUAUCCAAUUUGCAGUUCGGCAGGCGGCACAAAAGCACUGCUGCGUCUGUGGCCAGAGCGGGGCAACCAUCAAGUGUUGCAAGGAGGACUGUGACAGAUGGUUCCACCUGCCCUGUGCCAAGGAGGGCGGCUGUGUCACACAGUAUAUUCCAGAUUACAGCUCCUUCUGCCCUGAGCACAGUCCAGAGCAGGACGUGGAGGCGACUCCAGAGCCGGGCACCGAUUGCCUCAUCUGCAUGGAGCCUGUGGAGGAUAGAAAGACCUUCAGAACCCUGGUGUGCCCAGCGUGCAAAAGGGCCUGGUUCCACAGGGACUGCAUCCAGGGACAGGCCAUGUGCGCUGGUGCUUUAGCCUUCCAGUGCCCCCUGUGCAGAGACAAGGCGGCAUUCACGGUUGAAAUGUUCACCAUGGGGAUCCGAAUUCCCUUCAGAGACCCAGCAUGGGAGGACAACUAUGCCUUUGCGGAUCUAGGAGAGAGGCACAGCAGGUGCACUGCCAGGGAUUGCCUUUACCCAGGAGGCAGGGAGGACGCAGAGGAAGAGGGGCCCUGGGAACUGCUCCUGUGCUCCUCCUGCGCUGCUGAGGGCACCCACAGGCGCUGCUCUGGCCUGAGAAACCGCAUAGAGAGCUGGGAGUGUGACAGCUGUGCUGGUCUCGGAACGGCUUCCAGGGUUGAGUUAGAGCUCAGUGGCCCCAGCCUGACCAGACAGUCAGGACUGGAGCCUGCUGAUGGCUCCUCAGCACCUGAGGCCAUCAGCCCCAGCUCCAGCACCCUGGUGCCAUCGGGGCUGGAUCCCCAGUCUCCAUCAGCGGAGCCCAGCAGCAGCCACCAGCACACAGUAUGGCUGCAGUCUCUGCUGUCUUCUUCACUGGACACCAGCAACCCCAGCACAUCAAGCUCAACGUACAGCAGCUCCUCUGACCCUGAGGACAGGGUCCAUUCCAGACGUGCUGGGCCCGGCUGCAGGCCAACCCGCUCUCGCCAGCAAGGUCGGGCCCCAGAUGGACCUGUCCGAUCGAGGAGUCCCUGUGACAGGAGCAGGAGGACAACCACAAGGACUGAGAGGCCCAGGCCAAGGGAGACACCUUCACGGGCAUCCCCCAGACGCAGCCGCGCCUGCCAGCAAGGUCAGGCCCAGAGUCCGCCUGUCCGGUCCAGGAGUCGCCGUGACAGGAGCAGCCGGACAAGACCAAGGACUGAGAUGCCCAGGCCAAGGGAGACGUCGUCAGGGACAUCCCCCAGACGCAGCCGCUCCCGCCAGCAAGGUCAGGCCCAGCGUCCGCCUGUCCGGUCCAGGAGUCGCCGUGACAGGAGCCACAGGACAACAUCAAGCGCUGAGAGGCCCAGGCCAAGGGAGACGUCGUCAGGGACAUCCCCCAGACGCAGCCGCUCCCGCCUGCAGCGCCGGGCCUCGAAUCAACCUGUCCUGUCCAGGAGUGGCCAGGACAGGAGCAGCAGGACAGCAGCAAGGGCUCAGAGGCCCAGGCGCAGGGGGGCACCGUCAGGGGUGUCCCGCAGGAGCAACCGCUCCCGCCUGCGACAUCGGGUCUCAACUGGGACCUCCAACAGCAGCACAUAGUGUCAUCUUUUCUUUCUUUCCAUCUGUUCGCCGCCGGAAGUGAAGUAAAGCCAAAAGGAAGAAGAGAGAAGAGAGUGACACACUGCCUCAAAUGCCUGAAGAAAUCGAUUGCUGUAUUGCUGCUGAUUUAAAAAACUUGCUUGGACCUUGAAAGAACAAACCAGAAAAGACUGUGGAAAUACCCUGGGACAAAG